AUGCUAUCAAGUGCAGAGAACACGGAUAGAGCCUACUCUGCAGGUUCGGCCUCGCUGAGCGCGGCGCAGAAGUCGAAGAAGCCGCCAAAUACCGCCUUCCGGCAGCAGAGGCUGAAGGCCUGGCAGCCCAUCCUGUCGCCGCAGAGCAUCCUCCCACUGCUAAUAUUGCUGAGCGGGGCGUUUGCGCCAAUCGGGAUUGCGCUGAUCAUCAGUGCAAACAACGUGCAGAACCUGGUGAUCGACUACAGCCAGUGCGGCAAGCACGCCACGUCCGAAUACACGCCCAUCCCCGAGAACCUGGUGAGCUACCACUUCCGGACGUCCAUGUCCGAACAGCCUAAGUGGCGGCUGCAUUCCAAGAAUGAGUGCGAGCUAGAAUUUGAGAUCCCCAACGACAUAUCGAGCUCGGUGUACAUAUACUACAAGCUGACGAACUUCUACCAGAACCACCGCAAGUACGUGCAGUCCUUCGACCUCGACCAGCUUAAGGGCAAGGCUGUUGCACCAGACAAGCUGUCCGACACGUGCCACCCGCUCUCGACUAAGGACGGCAAGGCUGUCUAUCCCUGCGGCCUGAUCGCCAACUCAAUGUUCAACGACACCUUCACGCCGGUCCUCCGGGGUGUCAACGGCGUCCCCGACUACGAGCUCAGCAACAGGAACAUCGCCUGGCACACAGACCGCAACAGGUACAAGAAGACCAGCUACAACCCCGCAGACAUCGUGCCGCCCCCCGCCUGGCACGACCGUUUCCCCGAUGGCUACAACGACACCAACCUGCCUGACAUCUCUACGUGGGAGGAGUUCCAGGUGUGGAUGCGCACUGCAGGCCUGCCGCGCUUCUACAAGCUCGCUCUCAAGAACGAGCGCAAGCACCUCCUCCACGGCACCUACCGCAUCCGCAUAGGACUCAACUAUCCGGUCGAGAUCUUCGGAGGCACCAAAUCCUUUGUCCUGACCACCAACAGUAUUAUUGGGGCCCGCAAUAUGUCGCUCGGUGUGGCCUACCUGGUCGUCGCCGGCAUCGCGCUUCUCUUUGGCAUUGUCUUUCUUGCGAAGCUCAUCAUUCAACCCCGCAAGCUUGGCGACCACACCUAUCUCAACUUUGAGCCGCACAGAGAGCCCUCCACUGGCGUCCCACUUGCUCCACAGCUACGUGAGAUGCUAUGA